CACAUAAUUAUUAUUAAGUCACAUUUUAGCAUUUAGACCGCUGCUGCAGUGCGCUCUACUUGUUUUACAUACUGUAGCGCUGUGGUGCGUUCAAUGUAUUCUGUAAAUAUCAGUGUAACAGAAAAGUUCAACUUAAAUGAAGCUUCAUCAUCUCAGCUUGUUUGCAAAUCUGGUUGUAAAACCAUAAAAACCACAUCAAACUGAAGGUGGCGGUCGAAAACAGCAGCAGUUUUCCACCGCCGAAGAAGAAAUCCACCCAGUCACGUGACCUCCGAAGCUAGCAGUUAGCUUAGUUAGCCCGUGUCACAUAAUUGAGACACAGACCGGUCGUGUUUGCUUCUAUGAGCUGAAACAUCGAGUAUUUUCAGAUAAGUUGUUCUUCUCUGAGCUGGAGACCGACCGCUGCUGAAGAAAAUGUUCUGAAUGUUUGGGGAAAAACGAACCGAACCGAACCUCCGGAGAACAGGACAGUUUUCCUGUAAGGAUCUAUGACCAGGAGAACUCCAGGAUGAACCAAGAGGAACCAGAACCUCCACCGAUUAAAGAGGAACUAGAAUUACCCCGGAUUAAAGUGGAAGAUGAGGAACCCGAACCUCCACAGAUUAAAAAGGAACUAGAGUUACCCCGGAUUAAAGUGGAAAACAAGGAAGCAGAACCUCCACAGAUUAAAGAGGAACUAGAAGAAUUAGAAUUACCACACGAACACCAGGAUCCAGAACUUCCACGGAUUAAACUCGAAAUAGAAGAACUAGAAUUACCCCAGAUUAAAGGCCAUGAAAAAUGGGAACCUUCACAGGUUAAAGAGGAACACGAGGAACUCUACAUCAGUCAGGAAGAAAAACAGAUAAAGCAGGAGACUUGUGCCUUUAAAGUGACCCAAACUGACAAGAAAAGUUCUGCGAGUAAACCAGAAUCAAAGAGCGAUGAGCUCCUUUCUGACAGCUGUACUGAAGCUGAGAGCAGAUAUCAGGAAGGAAGCUCAAAAACCAGCAAAACGUCACUAAAAUGUGACGUUUGCAGAAAAACCUUUGAUAAAGCCUCAUUAUUGAAGCGACAUUACCAAAUCCACACAGAUGAGAGACCACAUACCUGCAGUACGUGUCAGAAAACCUUUAGAAAUAAAUAUAAUUUGCAGAUCCACAUGAGAACUCACACUAACGAGGCACCAUUUACCUGCAAAACGUGCGGGAAAGGUUUCAAAUUUUACAACGGCUUCCAGAUCCACACCAGAACGCACACUGGCGAGAAGCCCUACUUUUGCGAAACCUGUGGGAAGAGAUUUUCUGAUCACCCAGCAUUCAAAAAGCACAAGAUGGUCCACACAGGUGAGAAGCCACAUGCAUGCAAGACCUGCGGGAGAAGAUUCAACAGCCUCAGUCAUUUAAGUCAGCACAUGAGUACUCAUGCAGAGGAGAAGCUGUUUCUUUGCCAAACGUGCGGGAAGAGUUUCAGCUGCAAGAGAUAUUUAUGUCGACACACAAGAAGCCACACCGGAGAGAAACCCUACACCUGUACAACCUGUGGGAGAUCUUUCGGCAGGAGCUAUCAUUUAUCAAAGCACAUGAAAAAUCACUCGAAAGACAAACCCUUCUUUUGUAAGACCUGUGGGAAAACGUUCACAGAAAAGGCUGCUCUUUCAAGGCACACGCACAACACCCGCACAAAGAGACCUCAUUAAUGCAAAACGUGCGGGAAAAGUUAUGGGCGAACCAGUCAUCUGUUGCAGCACAUGAAGAUUCACAGUGGAGAUGUUUUAGGUUGAAACUGUUUUGUUCAAACAGAAUAAUGGACGUGAAAAAGAGUUUAAAGAACCUGCAGUCAGAGGUUUCCUCUCUCAUCACAGAAUGUCAGAUUAAUUUGGAGCUUUGGUAAAUCCUUUGAACCAUUUUAUUAAUUAUUAUACAACUGAAAGAUUUGAGAAAAGUUUCAAUUUAUUGUGGAUCAUCUUUAAUUUUCUGAAUUCACAGGCUCUGAUAAAAACUUCUGACUGCAGCUGUUUUAUUUUUUAAAUCUUGUUUUUUCUCUUUUCAACAAAGUGCAUAAAAAUUGACGCCAUCAUAUUUGAACAUAAAGAUAAAUCUGUAAAAUAAAUGUAAUGAGUUAAACUUUAGACGAGGGUCCAAAAACAGCAACUGUAGACAUUUAAUUUGAAAAUACAGAAAGUGGAAUUUUCUGUUUAAAUUCUAAAUGUUCGAUGAAAUCGAACUAAAUGUUCGAUGAAAUCGAACUAAAUGUUCGAUAAAAGUUUGAUGAAAGUGUGAAUUAUCUGGAGUGUUCUGUAAAAACUGGAGUCUUUAUAUUUAUUUUCAUCACUGCUGAAGUGAACCCUGACAGCUUAGUUUUGUAGAACAAGUAAUAAAAAUAAACUAAUUAUAGCAUUUGUUUCUGUGCUGGUUUUAAAAAAGCAACCAUCGUGAUUCUUUUGGUACCAGAUCAUUAAAAACAAAACUUGCUGUGACAAAUAAAUCUUUUCACUUUAUUAAAAAAUAUAUUUUUUAUUUCAUUAAUAAACCCUGUUCCUGAAAGACUU